GGGUCUGGCGCGGAGGAGGCAGCCUGGCGCGCGCUGGAAGCGUAUUGGCCGGCGUGGUUCGGCUCGCCGCCAAAAUUGGCCGGGGCCACGCCCCCUGGAGUUCGUCGGUGAGCUUGGCGCGGGAAAUCACGCGGGAGGUGUAUACUAAUGCUGGUCCCACUAAGGCCACUUGCAGAAGUUCAGCCCUACUGGUCAUACCUCCAUACCACAGCCAGCCAAGAGUAAGCCCCUGAUCAUGAAGAAGCCACGAGCAGCUGUGGGGAAUCGAAGUGGUCGCAGGAAGCAGGCAUCCAGCCAGGAGGGAAAGAAGAAAUGUGCCUUCAGCAGCAGCCAGUCCAAGCUGUCUGCCUCCAGUGGGACGAUCCCUGAGUUUUCUGAGACCCCAGCAGGGCUGGCCAGGCAGCAGAAGGCGUUAUUGCAGGCCUCUGUCUCCCCGUACCAUCUAUUCAGAGAUGUGGCCGAGGUCACAGCCUUCCAGGAGAGCUUGCUGGGCUGGUAUGACCGAAAGAAGCGGGACCUACCCUGGAGAAGGCUGGUGGAGGGUGAGGUGGACCUAGACAGGCGGGCAUACGCUGUGUGGGUCUCAGAGGUCAUGCUGCAGCAGACCCAGGUUGCCACAGUGAUCAACUAUUAUACUCGAUGGAUGCAGAAGUGGCCAACGCUGCAGGACCUGGCCAGUGCUUCCCUGGAGGAAGUUAACCAACUCUGGGCCGGCCUGGGUUAUUACUCUCGAGGCCGGUGGCUACAGGAAGGAGCCCGGAAGGUGGUAGAGGAGCUAGGGGGCCACAUGCCACGUACAGCAGAGACCCUGCAGCGGUUCCUACCUGGGGUAGGGCGGUACACAGCCGGAGCUAUUGCUUCCAUAGCCUUUGGCCAGGCCACCGGAGUGGUGGAUGGGAACGUCAUACGGGUGCUGUGCCGUGUCCGAGCCAUAGGUGCUGAACCCAGCAGCAGUCUUGUCUCCCAGCACCUCUGGAGCCUAGCCCAGCAGCUGGUGGACCCAGCCCGGCCAGGGGACUUUAACCAAGCAGCCAUGGAGUUGGGGGCCAUAGUGUGCACCCCACAGCGCCCACUCUGCAGCCACUGUCCUGUGCAGAACCUGUGCCGGGCACGCCAGAGGGUGGAGCGGGAGCAGCUCUCAGCCUCACAGAGCCUGCCGGGCAGUUGUGACUUGGAGGAGUGUGCUCCCAGCACUGGACAGUGCCUGCUGUGCGCACCUCCCACAGAGCUCUGGGACCAGACCCUGGGAGUAACCAACUUUCCCAGAAAGGCCAGCCGCAAGCCCCCCAGGGAGGAGUGCUCUGCCAUCUGUGUUCUGGAGCAGCCCAAGGCCCUUGGGGAUGCCCGCAUUCUGCUGGUGCAGAGGCCCAACUCAGGUCUGCUGGCAGGACUGUGGGAGUUCCCAUCCGUGAAUGUGAAUGCAGAAGCCUCAGGGCAGCAUCAGCGGGAGGCCCUGCUACAGGAACUGCAGAGUUGGGUUGGGUCCCUCCCCGACACCCGCCUUCAGCAUCUGGGGCAGGUGGUCCACACUUUCUCUCACAUCAAGAUGACAUACCAAGUAUAUGGUCUGGCCCUGGAAGAAAACACCCCAGUGACCAUUGUACCACCUGGCGCUCGCUGGCUGACCCGGGAGGACUUUCACACUGCAGCCGUCUCCACCGCCAUGAAAAAGGUGUUCCGCAUGUAUGAGGGCCAACAGCCUGGCACCUGCAAGGGUUCCAAAAGAUCCCAGGUGGCCACCCUGUCCAAAUGGAAAAAGCCCAGCCCAGGCCAGCAAGUCCUGGAGAGUUUCUUUCGGCCCCAGGUCCCCACUGAUGCACCCAGCCUCAACAGUGCAGCCCAGUGAUGCCUUUGGAAUCCUCCACCCAGCUGAGAAUCCUGUUUAAUAAAAUGCUUAUUUUUGUAGUCA